AUGUUCUCUGAUGCUUCCGAACAAGCUUACGGUGCAUGUGCCUAUUUUCGUUCGACCGAUUCCGCAGGCAACAUUGCAGUCGGCCUACUAACCGCUAAAUCAAAAGUUGCUCCCCUUAAAAAGCGUAGCAUACCACGACUCGAGCUCUGUGGAGCGCUUGAGGCCGCCCAAUUGUAUAGAAAGAUCUCAUCAGCCUUCGGGAGGACUUUUCCAACCUUUUUCUGGGUCGAUUCCACCACCGUUCUUGCCUGGCUAAAGUCUAAUCCUUCAAAUUGGACUACGUUUGUUGCGAAUCGUGUUUCCAAGAUUCAGCUCUCGACGGAAGGAUCUUCCUGGAAUCAUGUGGCUGGUCAGCAGAACCCGGCUGACCAUAUAUCCAGAGGCAUCGAUGCAGAUACCCUGCUCUCUUGUGACUUGUGGUGGCAAGGCCCUGAAUGGCUUCGAUCAGACCAAAGUAUGUGGCCAACAUCAUCUUCGAAUCACACAUUUGAUACCCAAUUGGAAUUCCGCCCAGCAAAAUCCACAGCUCUAACGGCCACAACCGAACCUACAUUUAUCGACGUUUACGUGGCAAGGUUCUCCAAGUUCCAAACUAUGCUUCGGGUAACAGCAUUUUGCUUGCGCUUUUCUUUCCACCGUCGGAAUCCACGAAAAAGCAGAAUAUUCCAGCCAUUUCUUAGUGCAGACGAAAUUCGGGAUGCCGAAGGCAUUCUCAUCCGGUUAGUCCAAGCUCAGGAGUUUGCCGACUACGUCUCAGCUCUCAAAGCAUCAAAACCAGCUCCUGUCAAAUCUCGACUCAGAUGGUUCACUCCGUUUUUGGAUUCCAAUCACCUGAUGCGCAUAGGAGGUCGCAUCGACAGAUCAUCAUUGACCUACGACGCCAAGCAUCAAAUUCUGCUCCCUUAUCAGCAUCGCUUCUCCACCUUGCUUGUCGAAUGCUACCAUGAGAGGCAUUUACACGCAGCACCACAAUUGCUUCUAGGUAUCCUGCGCCUCCGGUACUGGAUCAUAGGGGCCAGGAAUCUGGCCAAAACAGUCGUCCACCGCUGCCUAAAUUGCGUCCGAGCUCGCCCUAAAUUGGUGGAACAAUUUAUGGCUGAGCUGCCAAAGGAACGCAUAACUGCCACCCGACCAUUUGCCAAAACAGGUGUCGAUUAUUGGGGUCCAAUUUUACUCAAACCUCCGCAACGUCGAGCCUCACCAACCAAAGCGUUUGUUGCUGUCUUCGUGUGCUUCAGCACAAAAGCUGUCCACAUCGAACUAGUAUUCGAUCUAACGACAGCGAAAUUCCUGCAAGCCCUGAGGCGCUUCGUCGCACGCCGAGGCCCACCGUCCGACAUAUACAGCGACAACGGUAGAAACUUUCUUGGCGCGAAAAAUGAGCUGAAACGACUUAUCCGGAAUCCAGAACACGCUGACAAAGUUGCGGCCGAAUGUUCAGAUUGUCAUAUCCGCUGGCACUUUAAUCCUCCGAGAGCUUCCCAUUUUGGUGGCCUGUGGGAAUCGGCAAUAAAUUCUGCACAGAAGCACUUUCUGCGAGUUGUUCGCGAUCGUCCCCUGGCAUACGACGACAUGGAAACCUUGUUGUGUCAAAUUGAGUGCUGUUUAAACUCCCGUCCCAUCGUGCCAUUAAGUGACGAUCCAACAGACUAUGAGCCACUAACUCCGGGGCACUUUUUAGUUGGCACGGCACUCAAGGUUCCUGUACACGACCGGUGGCUAAAAUUUGUCUGUUGCCGAUUGCAUCAACGCCUGUUGAAUCAAUUACAACAACCGGCACUGGACAAUCAACUACAGACAAAGUAUUCGAAGGAAUUCAACCACAGCAUCCUAAUGGUUUCGGAUCAAAUGGAAAACAAUAAAUCCAAGGCCUAUUUCGGCUUGGAUCAGAGUAACCUCUCAUGCGAUGGGUCCGAUAAACUCUACCAAAAGGCUGGCCAGGAAGACGAUCAUCUGGAGCAGCUAUCGGAACCUCAGCUACAGGAAGCCACCAGCGUACCCAGAUGGAAAAUUUUUAUACUGAACCCUAGACGUUCCCCUUCCCUCUCCUAA